UUUACCUAAAGUUAAAACAAACGUUCAAUACUAAUCGUAUGUGUGUGAUCAUGUCGAAUUUGAAACACCUGUUAUUCGUCAUUCUUGGAGGCAUAGUUCUUUCAAGUGCUGAUGCUGUGGGAUCCGACACCUGCUACAAAUGCGUCAACUGCAAAGAUACUCCGAUUGAUAAGAUACAUACCGUCCGUUGUUCAGGAAGUUGUUUCAAAAUGCAUGGGGAAAAUGACGAUGGACAUGAAAGUCAGACAUUAAUUGAUUCACAAAUAAAAUGUAAAUCGCGGCUGUUUGACCCUGUUCGAAGGCAUGGCGUUCGGAGCCGAAAGCGCCACCUGCCUGGCUGGAAAAGUCGGGAAGUCCUAUGGAGAAAUCUGUAUCUGUAACGGCGACAAGUGUAAUACUGGGUCAUCUUUGGUUGGCAGUAUAAGCCUGAUAAUCUCGGUGAUAGCAAUGUGCCUUGCAUAACAACUAGUCUUCUAACGGAUAUUGAAAUGUCAAUUAUUGAUAUCAAAUGUUAUUGCGAAUAAAACAUGUAAACAGG